ACGAUUAUUUAUACCGUUUGGACAAGCUGAAGUGGUGGCUAAGUGAUUUUGGAGCGUGCAAAGUUUUAGGUGCCUUUCUUAUCACAAAUUCUUUUGCGAAAAACUCGCUUAUAAAAGCAAUUGGCGAAAGUGAAGAAGGCAUCAGUUAAAGUGUUGAGCAAACAUCCGAAGAAAGGUUGUUUGCAUUUUAACGAUUUUUGACGAUUUCGACGAUUUCGACGAUUUCAAAAUCAUUUUAAAGUUACGGAGGAUUCAGUACGAUCUUGUUCUAUACUCUUAUCACAUAGAACAUAACAAUGACCGAAAUAAUUAAGAUUGCAAGCAUCGCUUUCUUGGCCUUUUGUUGCCUAGUUCAAGCGAAGUAUGUGCCCGGUGUUUCCUACAUAGAGAAUGUAGAACUCGCCUACGACAAUGUGACGGACAUUUGGCGUUGCGACCAACUCGUUUGUCCCACCGGCACACACGGCUGUAAAAUCAUAAAGCGCAACAAUCCCAACAAAGCAGACGAAUUGAUUUGUAACAAUAUUUGUGUUGACAAGCUGGGCGCGAAUUUGCUGAAGUUCACACAUACCGAGUCCAUGGUGCAAGCGCAGACGACUGAUAUUUAUGUAAACUCUUAUGUGGGCGGCGAUAUAUCGCAGUGGAGCGCGGGUUACAGUCUGUCGUGGCAAGGCGUAAAUGCCACUAUCGCACCCCAAGAUUGGCCCAGUGUACAGGAAAGUAUGAGAUCUCUUAUAAAGAUGUUUGACGACUCAUAUGGCUCUUCGCAGAGAGUAAUUAGCACAUUUAAGGGCGCUCAUUAAGAAACUUAUUUUCAAUUUACUUUUCCUUUAUGAAAAUAAAUAUAUAAAGCUUAAAGGAAUAGUGUACAAAGCCUACAUUUUUAA